AUGUCAAACUCAGAUCUCGCCGCUGCGGGGAGCAGCACGUAUUCAUCCAAUACCCUUCAUGUUGGGGAUGGCACCUGGGACUCUGGGCGGGAUACGUUUCUGCUGCCCAAUUUGAUGGGGGUCAACUUUGAAACGAUGCGAUACAACGGUAUGGGCAAUCGUUUCAAGGAUAUGGCUGGGUACCAUUCCAUAAUCAUCGCCCAUGGCGUCAUUGCAGCCAUCGUUUUCCUGGGCAUCGUCCCAACGUCAAUUCUGAUAAUCCGAUACUACUCCCGGUGGAAUCCUUACUGGGCAUUUAAAUUACAUGCGUGGUGUCAGGCACUUACCUUGCUCUUGACCACGGUCGUGUUUGUGCUGGGAUGGUUCGCCGUUGGGCCGAAAAGAAGCCUAACAAACCCCCAUCAUGGAAUUGGCCUGGCAAUCUAUGUUUUGGUAAUUUUCCAGGUGCUGUGGGGCUGGUUCUUGCACAAAAGGGAGAGUAAGAGACAGCGAAUCCACGUUCCUUUGAAACUAGUGUUACAUCGAUGGCUGGGUCGUGCUCUUGUACUUCUUGGAAUUGCCCAAAUUCCACUAGGACUCGUUCUUUAUGGUUCGCCAAAGGUCCUGUUCAUCCUAUUUGCGCUGACGGUUUUUGGCUACCUGGCUCUUUACUUUAUACUUUCCUACCGAUAUGAUAUCGAGGGAUACCAUAUGGGAAGUGAGCAUGGUGGUGCUCGCAGUCAUUAUACAGGACCUUCAGAAAUUUCAGAACCGCAUGGCCAUCACGUGGGAGAAGCUCUUGCCGCUGGUGCUGCAGGUGCUGGCUUGGCUUCGAUGUUUCGACGACGCGCAAGCAGUCGCCAACCAAGCCAUGCUUAUGAAGACUCUCGCACAUCCUUUUCCGAUGAAAAGUACUCGGAUGAAUCUUCCCGCCAUCAUGGUGGCGGUGGAGGUGGUGGUUUCGGCAAGAAGCUCCUUGAGAUUGGCGCACUAGCCGGGGCUGGUCUUAUGGCUAAGAAGUUCUGGGACCGUCGAAAGAAGCGAGAAGAUGACGCGGAGUCGGGUCGCUAUAAGCCUGCUCAUUCUCGCAGCGCCAGUCACUCCGAUGAAUCUCUUAGCAGGAUGGAAGACGGUCGACCGGAGCCGACUCAUCACACGCCCCUCAAUCGGCCACCAAGCCGUGCACCAAGCAGGUCCCAAAGCCCAGGGUCGUCUUACUAUUACAACAGCACAUAUUUCACCGAGCCGCCCAAGCGAAGUGCUUCUCAUGGGGUUAGAAACGCUGUUCUAGGUGCCGGUGCUUUUGCUGCCGUGAAGCGACUGUUCAGCCGUGGUAAGAAGGACGAUGAAGAGAAACGACGGUUGGAGGAUAUCAGGCGCCGAGAAGACGAAGAUGAGGCGCUGCAGAGAGCAAAUAGUAGACGACGACCGCAGGCGGGAGAGAGUUUCUACCCACGAAGAAGGGCUAGUUCUUACACUGAAACUGAUCUCACUGAAACCGACCUAUCCCGUCCUCCUCCGCCUCGUCACGCAUCACAUGGCGAAUCUCUUCUUACUGCAGAGCCCCGUGCGUCUGGUGCCGUCCAGAGCGUUAUAUCAGAUAUGCCUCCUAUGCCCCCGAGCCACCAACAGCUUUCUGGCGACUUGAGGUCUGAAGCUCCUCACUCACGUCACUCCCUCGCCCAUGAUGGAGCAGAGUUUGCAUCAGGUGCGGCCGCUGGCGCUGCAUUGGAUGCUGCCUCUCGUCGCAACCGGAGCAGCAGCCGGCGCAGAGAAGACGACGUUGCCUCCCCACCGGUAUCUGUGAAAGUUAAAAUGCACAAUGACGGACGACAUGUGACACUCCGUCGGCUGACCGAAGAAGAAGCGGCCGCGAGCCGUGAGGCCCGUCGCAGAGAGCGAAGAAACUCCCGACGUCGCAACAGUAGUGCAGGUUCCUUGUCCGGACACGAAGACGCUAGUCAAGACCGCUGGCGUCGCGUCGAAGAGCUUGAGCGUCGACAAGACGAGCAAAUGCGACGUGAACAGGCUGCUGCUGCUGCGGCUGGUCAUCUUCCCCCUCCGCAGACAUCUAUGGCACCGUCAGGCAGCAUGCCUGCAUCUUCAUGGGCCGCACCGCCAUCCCAAGUUAGUCAAAUGCCGCCACCACCUCCCAUUCCUGCCCCUUCCACAAUUCCAUACGGGCCAGGUAGUAUCACCUCGCCUACAUAUACCGGUACUGAGAUGAGUGGUUCGUACGCGAACAAUCGUCGUCGCAGACGUGCUGAACGAGCUCGGAGCAAACAAGAAAAGCAGCAACAACAUGGCGUAGAGUUCACUUGA